AUAUUAGUAAACUUGAGAGUUAGUAAAAGAUAUAUAUAACGUUGGUGUUUAUUUUUUUAAUUUUAUCGAUCAUAAUGAAUUUAUUUCAAUUAUAUAAAAUAUGAAAAAAUUUAGUCCAAAUAAUCAAAUAGAAUUUUGUAAACCACCUGUUCCUAAAGCACGUCCACCCCUAAGAAGUGAAUGUAAUGUAAGUGAAGAAAUCAAUUCUUUUAAAAAUUCUAAAAAUUUAUUGGUAAAUAUGUACAAAACUAAGCAACAAAAUCAAGAAUUUCGUAGUGUUUCUGAUUUUCAAUAUACUGAUGAUGAUGAUGAUGAUGAUGAUGAUGAUGAUAAUGAUGAUAAUGAUGAUAAUGAUGAUAAGGUUGAUGAUGAUAUUGAAAAAAAUAAUUAUACAUUUUUAAAUAACUCAAAAGAUAUACCAGAAUAUUUCAAUACUUCACAUAAUGCAAAUCAAUCUUUUAAUAUUACUCCACAAAAUUCUCCUUCUACAACAAUAUAUAGACGAAAUUAUCAUAAAUUAAAUGCAUGUUCUAAUAUCGAUAAAGAUUCUUUCUCUCAUAAAGAACAAAAGCAAAUUAUAGAAGGGUUUUUUUCAAAUUGUUUCAAAUUGCUUUUGGGUACUAUUUUAUGCUUUUUAUUUCUUUUUAUGCUCUUAAAUAUUCAAACAAAAUCUCAUAAAAAUCCAGAAACAAUUAUUGAAACAAAAAAAGUAAAUUUAAUUGAAAUGAAUAACAUAUUAGAUAAAUCAAUACAAAUAAUUCAGACACGAUUUCAUAAUCAAAAAUCCAACAUUUGGAAUGAUAUAUCAGCUGGAAUAUAUGAUGUAGUUUUAUUUCCAUUAAAACCUUCAAUUAUUAUUUUGUUUGGAAAUGAAACUAGUACUUUGAAUUGCUUAGCUCAAUUACUUGGACAAUUGAGUGGCAAAAUUUUAGGUAGUAAUGAUUAUUUAAUAUUAACAGCAAAAGAUUUUCCAAAUGAUGUUGGACAAACUAUUCAUAAUUUGAAAAUUCAAAUCAUACAAAAAAAGGCAGUAAUAGUACAAGAUUUAUUAAGCAUAAAUACUGAGGCAUUAAAAGCUUUUCAUAACUUUUGUGAUAGAGAAAAACCUUUAGUUGAACAUGCUAUAUACAUAAUAACAGUAAUUGUUGAUGGAUAUAAAUCAUCUCAAAUGGAAUUAGAAUUUAUUGAAAAGCAAAUAUUUACAAGAUUAUCAAAAUAUAUGGAUAAAGAUAUUUUAGAUCCAUUAAUAACUAGACUUACAGAUGGAAUAAUUGUACCAAUACGUUCAGAAUCAAAUAUAAAUUUCAAUUAUGCAGAUUGUUCUAUUUAAAUAAAUUAUAAUUUCCUACCAGUAUAAUAUGUAAUAUAUAAUAUAAUUACUAUAUUGUAAUAAUAAAUA